AUGGUUCACUUGGGCAAAAAUACAAGGUCCAAGAUCAUUUCGAAGGGCAUUUCAGCUGGACAUUCCAAGAAUGCGUAUAGAGGGCUCGUAGCCUUCCGUGGGAAUGCUAGCAAGGGCAGGAACUUUUCGCAAUGCGAUUCGCUGCUCAUAGGAAAUCAGGGUGAGGCGUCCACAUUCCCCUACAUCGAGGCAGCAGACGGAAAUAAUCAGGUGGAGCACGAGGCCACGACCUCACGAGUCUCCGAGGAGCAGCUGCUCUACUUGACAAGCCGGGGUCUUGCUCCAGAAGAAGCCGUGUCAUUGGUCAUCAACGGAUUCUGCCAGGACUGCAAGUCUGGAAAGGGUGGAACCGAUUCGACUUUGUUGGUUGUCACUUUGUGUGCGGCAAGCAUUGUUUUCGCUUUGGACUCCAACAUGGGUGCAAAAGCUUCUGCUUUGUUUGCAGUGGCUUGUCUAAGGACACAUUUGAGUUCACUUGGGCCCUCUCCUUGUUCUCCGUGCGAAGUGUUAUGGACAUCGCAGAGCAAGGUAAUGAUGAGUUAG